GGCACUGGCAUUAUGGCAUUUAGCAACAAAAUUUUGUUUGUCUAGAUGAGAACUGAGUUUUCGUUUUUUCGGAAGUGAGUUGUAAUGACUUAAAAAAAUACGAAAAAACAAAACCAAACCGUUCUGCUAUCCAAAUUAACACCCAGAAAUCCAUCCCAUCAACUGUUAAUCAAAUUUUUCCACAAAGAACCCAAAUAGAAAAAGAAAAAGGUUCUGGAACAAAUUUUUGCUAUUCAGUCCAGUGAAAUUAGUGCCCUUUGACUUUGAUGACUCGAAUGAAACUGUUCACAGUAGUGAAGAAGACCACAAGGUCGUAAGGUGUCUACAGGGGAUUGUUAGAUCAUACACUACUCGGUGACAUCCUACAGUCUCCCCCUCAAUUUUUCGGGAAAAGGUUGAUGUCUUUGGAGUAUGUGAAAGGAGUGAGCCUAAAAAGACCCACCCCAUAUAAAAUUGUAUGACUAGAAGUCCUCACCUAUCAAUACUGAGCUGCCUUCUAAGUUGACCAUCAUUCGCAUUUGUUCUUUCACAGGAGUAACACCAUGCAGCCUCUCAGAAAGUCUUUCUCAGCUUUUUCUCUCCAAUCUCAGAUUCCAUCGGCCACAUUGUCCAUGGAAGUGAGCUACAUAUUCCAUUCGCACCUGAUUGGCAGAGCUGGGAAGAAUAUCAACCGUGUGAUGGAGGACACCGGAACGCGCAUACAUUUCCCUGAUUGCAAUCGCAUUGCCGGUGAAUUCAAAAGGAACAGCGUCGUCGUUCGUGGUCCAAUUGCUAAUCUCGAAAAUGCUCGUCAACGUAUUCGGGCGGAUAUCCCGGUAGAGUUUAUCGUCGAUUGCAACAUUGAACGAGUAAAUUCCAUCGGCGAAUCUUCACUAAGUGAUUAUUUUUCCAAGACAUUUGGUGUCUUGAUGCGUUUCUAUCCGAAGAUUGAUGGCGUUAGUUGCCAGGUCAACAUCCGUGGGCAACAAGAUCAUCUUCAACUUCUCAAAGACGCUGUCACGUAUUUUGGACGUGUAACUCAUACGCCUGUGGAUUCGGUGGUGAUGAAAGUGGAAACAUCGUUCGAUCACGUAUGGAUUGCUCGGGACCACAUUGACAAAAUCAUCACAGCCACAGGUGCCGGAAUUCGUUGUCCGGAUGUUUCUGUCCUAAAGGAACUACCGAAAAAAUAUUGCGUUUGGAUUCGUGGAUCUAUGGAUCAAGUUUACAUGGCCAGUUCUAUGCUAAAUGGACUGUUGCCGAUGCAGUUAAUGGUUCAAGUUCCUUCAGAUCGCUUCAACCGCCAUCUUUUAGGUAGAGCGCAAAAUGUUGACGUAAUGUUUCACCUGGAACACUCCACUUCAGAUAUUCUGACCAUAAGACUCACCUCGUAUGAAUGGAACACACGAAAUUUGUUUGUUCUGCUCAAGUGUUGUCUGGAGUUACCCAACAAUGUGACCGCUGUCAUCCCAAGUUUAUCUCCUACUUGGUUGGCUCUUGCGGAAAUUACCCAGCACAGUUCUUUCCUUCAAGCCUCACAAAAGCUGUCAAGUUUAAUGUCUUCCUCAAAUAACGGCAAUGUUCCUCAGCAAUCGAGUACGAUCGCGAUGAAUGUUCCACGAUCUGUCGACACUUCCAGCCCGGAUUCUAGCACUACAAAUUCUUCACCCCGUUUCGCAAACGAAUCCUCCAUACCAGCAUCACUGGCAGCCUCUCGAUUCGACCAAAAUUCGUCGCGUCAUUUAUCACAGUUUUUGGAGGCAAUUGGUUUGUCCCAUUAUUCAGAUCUAUUUAUUCAAAACGAAAUCGAUCUGGCGAUGUUUACCACUUUGAAAGACGAGGAUUUCAUCAGCAUAGGAAUCCGUUCGUUCGAUGCGAGAAAAAUGAUGCUGAAUGCUGUUCAAGAAUUACGCCGUUGAUAUUUUCACAAGGUUGUUGGAAUCGCGUUGACUCCUGUUAAUUAAUGUGCAUAUGCGCUCACUUACCUUUAAACUUUUGAUUUUUUCUUAUUAUUUUUUUGUGUUUUAUUAAUUUUGAUGUGUGAGAUGACUGGAUGAUCAAACAUUUUGUUAAAUUUUACUUUAUCUUAAUUUACUUUAUCCUUUGUAUGUAUUCGAGCAUUUUACUUAUUUUUCAUUAUACACAUGACAAUCGACCAAACUAAA